AUGGAUCCGAAGGAGAGAGCGUAUCAUGAAGGCUUCAUGCGCGAGGCUAUUGCCAUGGCUGAACUUGCACUCAAGAGCGAUGAGACCCCCGUCGGCUGUGUCUUCGUCAAGGACGGCGAGGUCAUUGGACGAGGCAUGAACGAGACAAAUCGGACCCUGAACGGUACCCGCCACGCCGAGUUCGUCGCCAUCGCUGGCAUCUUGUCAAAGCACCCCAUCAGCAUCCUCAACGAGACAGACCUCUAUGUCACCGUUGAGCCAUGCGUCAUGUGCGCGUCCAUGCUGCGCCAGUACGGCAUCCGAGCCGUCUACUUCGGAUGCUGGAACGAGCGUUUUGGUGGCACCGGAGGUGUUCUGAACAUUCACUCUGAUGCUAGCGUCGACAAGCCCUAUCCAGUCACCGGCGGCAUCUUCCGAGAGGAAGCCAUCAUGUUGCUCCGGAAAUUCUACGUCCAAGAGAACGAAAAGGCCCCCGAGCCCAAACAGAAGAAGACGAGGGAGCUGAAGACAGAGAUCCUGCCCAUGGACGUUCAUCAGCCCAAGUCGACCCCAUCACCUGCUAUUCGUGCUCCGGCUAAUGCGACCUCGACCGGAUCCAUCCCGACACUGUCUUCUUUGAGCGCAUCCGCCGCCGCUGCAGCUGUCGCGGUCCCCAAGACUGUGUUUCCCACGCCCGGACAGGCUCGACCCAGCUCUGCCAGCACAGCUCUUGCUUGA